AGCCCUGCCUGCUGUCCAGCUAUCUGAGCAGGUCCCACUGACAUCUCCUUCCCUGAAGCCCCUGCAGAUGGAUGAAGAAGACAGCCUGUCUCCUCACCUCCUGUUGCCAGAUAGCAUCAGCCAGCUGGAAGAGUUUGGCAGGCAGAAGAAAUGGCACAAGAAGCAGCACAAACACCAUCGCCAGAGGCAGUUCAAUGACCUCUGGGUUCGGAUAGAAGACAGCACCACCACGUUGCCUUCCUAUAUCAGGAUAACCAAUGGCUACAUCACAGUCAAACCUCCCAUUUGGAUUUCAAACCAACUGGAUCAGAGACCGCGUUCAGAUCGCCCAUCCCAGCCUCAGCCUACAAGCUCAGCUUCAGCCAGGCUUUUAUGGCCAUCAGUAACUUCUCUUCUCUGCGUGGCCAUAGCUUCUUUACUCCUGAAUCUACUGCAGCCUUCCUGACCACAUUAGUAUUACGUGCAAUCCCUUGGAAUAGAGAAGAGAGAUAAUUUAUGAACGAAUUGGAGGUUAAGACAACAGUUACCAUCUGGACCGUCUCAGUGACUCAGUAGUGCCUUCUAGCUGAUUUUGUCUCUUUGCCCAGAUACAUUUUGAAACUCUAAAGCUUUAUUGUAACACUGACUUACAUCUUCUUUUUGUAGAAGGAUCUUUAUUUCCCAUAGUGCUAUGGGGUUUUGUAAAAUAUACAUGUUCAUAUAAAGAAAAAAAAAAAGAAAAAGAAAAAUGUAUUUAUUCAACUGGUAAACUUAUUUUUCUUGUUGUUGUAUAUGUUAAUAACAUCCCUAUUAAUCAGUAGCGAUGGUGAAACAGAUAAAUUAAUAUUUUCUAUAUUUGUUUUCUGACAACUCUGCAAAUGUCUGAACUGACACCAAAUGAAUGCCUUCUUUCUUUCCUUAACCAUUACCUUUUACAGCAGCUGUCCAAUAAGUAAAAUUCUGCUAAACUUCUUUAUUUUACUUUCUUUUAUCUCAUUAGCAUAGCUUACACUAAAUAAAGCAGGUCCUGCUCUCUGUGGCCUAUGCCCAUUAGAAAAACAGGUGCAUACCUAACUCAUUAGCUGCUACAGCCUAAAGUACCAGUUGUUUUUUUAUGACUUAGUAAGUCAUUAGUCAAGAUAACCCUCUAAGUUCCACUGUUAUCCUUAACUAAACUAUUUAACUUCUUUGGAAAUUACCGAUUUCCCUCUUUGCCCUGGGAUUAAUUCAUUAGCUAACACAAAUUAAGACACCUUUUUUCUCAAUAAAAAAUUGCUUUUGAAGUC